AUGGCCAAGUUCGUUCUGCUCGCUCUGCUCUACGCAGUGUCUGUGUAUGCGGCUGCUCUGCAACCCUCAAGACAGCUCUGCCAGACCUCUCUGAAGUAUUGCCCUGAAGGAACAAUCAUCGUCUCCAAAUCAUCCUCCAAUGCUCACUUCUCCACCAUCCAGGGAGCCAUCGAGUCUCUCCCCAACGACAACACCACGGCGACCAUCCUCAUCCUAGCAGGAGAGUACACAGAACAAGUCAACGUCACCCGCGCCGGCCCCAUCACCCUCCUAGGCCAAACAGACCAUCUCACCGACGCCUCCAAGAACAAAGUCACCAUCUCCUGGGCCUCCGCCAACAAUGAUAGCACAGGCGCCAGCAUGGACAAUGCUCUGACGAGCGUCCUCACCGUGGCUCCGACGCUGGAAGCCAGUCUGACCGGCUCCGGGACGACGGGGUACGCGGUGCCCGCGGAUACACCGUUUGGGAACGUUGAUUUCCGCGCGUAUAACAUUGAUUUCCGGAAUACGUUCUCGGAGAACUCAGAUGGGCCGGCGUUGGCGGUUGGGUUGAGUCGUGCGAAUGGGGGGUUUUAUCAUUGUGGUUUUUAUUCUUAUCAGGAUACAGUAUACGUGGGUAAACUAGGCAACGCCUACUUCUACAAAAACAUCAUCGCCGGCCAGACAGAUUUUCUGUACGGCUUCGGCACAGCAUGGAUUGAAUCAUCGCAGCUUCUCCUCCGCAACUGUGGCGGAGGCAUCACAGCAUGGAAAGGGACAAACACGACCUUUGAAAACAAAUACGGCGUGUACAUUGUCGGCUCGACUGUGCAGGCAGCCAAUUCGUCCGUGGCUGCGGAAAUCGCAGGAUCCUGUGCUCUGGGCAGGCCGUGGAACUCGCUGCACCGGUCUAUCUUUGCUAAUACGUAUGAAGAUGGGAGUAUCCAGGCUAGUGGGUAUAUUGACUGGGUUGUGGAUGGGGUGAGUCGGUUCACCAAUGACACUGUCAUGGCAGAGUACAAGGCCUACGGGCCUGGGUUCAAUGCUACGGGACGUACAGAGGGGGAAGUGGACGUCGUCAUGAACGGGAAAGAAUACGCUCCUUAUGACUCCCCAUGGAAAGUCUUCCAAACAGCAGAUGGGAAAGAAGGAAAUACCCACUGGAUAGAUUGGAUGUGA